AUGCAGGCCUGUGAUCGGUGCCAUGCCCGCAAAACCCGGUGCGACCGGCGAAUCCCUCGUUGCGGCGGCUGUGAGAAAGCCGGAGCCUUAUGCCUCCAUGUUGACAAGCUCCGGUCACGUAAUCUGCCCCGGGGAUAUGUCGAAAGCGUCGAGAGCGCUCUGAAGAAAGCAGAGGACCACAACCUUGAGCUCGAGCGACAGAUCGCGGCGCUGCGCGGCCAGCUCGCCGAGAAUAGAAAUGUGACCAGCACACAGCCGGUCGUGGCCAUGGCCACAACCCCCGGACAUGAUACCACCUCUCCCCUGAACUCUCAGAAUGAGAAUCUGGACUUGCACUCCAGCGUCCUGGGCAACCGUACCUCCAGCAGUGCACCCCUUACCUCCUGCCACCACCAGCGUGGCAGAACCCCUGCCGAUGAUGCCGUGGUCGGCGAAGUGGGAUAUCUCACCUUGACAGCUGUCGGCGAGACACGCUACCUGGGGGCUAGCAGUGGCAUGGGUCUGGCAAACAUUAUCGGCUCCGUACUUGAUCCACAAAACGUCGACCCCAAUUGGAUCGAAAACAGCGGCAACAACAUACAGUCUGAUGUGCGCAGCCCACAACCUAGCAACACCACACCGAGCGAGGCGCCCUUCCCGCCUCGCCAUAUUGCAAUGCAGAUCAUCGAGGCCUACUUCCAGCAUACUCAUCUGACCUUCCCGCUGCUUCACCGGCCUAGCUUCCUAGCGGCCGUGGAAGAGAUCUACAACAACCCGAAUUACUAUUCGAUGCAUCCCUUCGAUGCCUUUACCUUUGACAUGGUGCUGUCGAUAGGGGGAUCCAAUUUCAACCGGUUCGAAGAGUCGGUGGCUGACGCAGCACGCCAUUAUGCACGGGCCCGGACCAAGCUCAAUGCUGUUCUCAAAAUGGGAGGACUGAUUCCUCUCCAUGCCAUCACCCUGCUCUCGCAGCACGGCAUCUUCAGUAAUCUUCGAGAUACCAGUGCGAGUAUCUGGCACCUCAUCGGCAUUGGUGCCCGCAUUUGCGUUGAGCUGGGCCUUCACCUGGAACCCAAGCGGUCCAAUCUUCAAUCGGGGCCAGGCUCGGCUCUCAGCGUGCCCAUCACUUUUGAGGCAGAAAUGCGGAAGCGGACCUUUUGGUGCUUCUAUAAUCUGGACAGGGUUGUUAGCUUCACGCUGGGACGGCCAGUUGCCCUGCGAGACGAAGACAUCAGCCUCUCAUUACCUUCUCACUUGGAGGACGAAGAGUUUGGGCCAGAUCGGCCGAUCCAGCCUCCAUACGAGUCGGACGAGCCCAAGAUCUCCCCUUUCCUCCACUUGAUUCGGAUGAGACGUUUGUCGGGUAAGAUUCUCAGCACGCUGUACGUGGCAAACCAAAAGAGCGACAUUCCACUUGAGGACAAGGUCCGGGUUCGCCAGCAACUGUAUGAAGAAAUCAUGGCCUGGAAGGAGGCCACCAGUCUGUUGAAGCUGGACCAACAAGUCCACCAGGGCUCGGGCUAUGUGUCUUGCUUCUUGACGCCCGCCUGGUAUACUGCCGUGGCAAACAACGCCCUCCUUCUUCUCUAUCGCCCUUCUCCCUACCUGCCAUACCCGGUGACGCCGACAAAUCCCGAAACCGGCGAAUCGGGUGACCUCCAGCAAUUGUUCUCGGCGGCAAAGGCGUCGAUCACGUCGUACUAUGAGCUCCAUCGGAAGCGACGACUAAAUUACUCGUGGAUCACGCUGCACGGCAUUUUUAUCGCCGGCCUCGCCUAUGUGUACGGCAUCGGCCUGGCACUCAAGGACACGACGCAGAGGGCGCCGGUCCCGGACUACCUGGACAUCAUCAAUGACACCCGCGCGUGCUCCAACAUCCUGGUGGCCAUUUGUGAGCGCUGGAGCGUGGCUCGCAGCUCCUGUGAACUCUUCAAUCGCCUCAGCAACGCCGUAAUCAGAGACGCCGUCAACGAGGUGGCCAAAAAGGACAAUUUCAGCGGCGGCCAGGGCCUUCCUCGGCCCAAGUCUUCGACGACAGGCGACGCCCCCGUCGCCUUGUCGGCGUUUGCGAGUACCAACACCAACAACCACAUCGACAGCGGCCAUGUACAGCAAGAUGUACCUUCUACAGAUCAGCAAGGUCCUCGGAACUACCGCUCAACGUCGUCCACGGCUCUGCCUGGCUUUUCGGACCAAUUUGACCACGUUUUCGUGGCCGAGGAGUUUCGGCACUUUUCCAACGGCUUUGAGUUUCCGCCCCUAGGAAACCAACAUCUGCCGAGCGAGUUGGUGGCCGGAUUUUCGCAAGACUGGCCUUUCAACGACGCCUCAUUCUCUCUACAGCCGGGCUAUAGCGGCUUUACGCCAGGAGAACAGGAAAUGUUGUGGUAGUUCUCGGAUUGUCCUGUCUUUGGGAUAUGGCAAAAAGAAUUCUAACUGUAGCAAAUCUAUGACGAACGAAC